GUACGCAAUUAAUUAAUUGUUAUAACCAUUUUUGGGGCUUCCGAUUUUACGACGUAAUUUAACAAUGCAUUUCUAAGUAUUUUUAAAAAAGCAAUUUAUCAACAAAACUAAUAACUAAAGUGAACCGAAAACAAACGGAAAGCAAAACACUUUCAAAUAAAAGAAGCAAAGCAAAAAAAGAAAAUCCGAUUUUUUUUAUUUUGGCACACAAUGAGCCAAAGUUUCGAUAGUUUAAUGCACGGCAGCGGUGCGGGAGGCCGAGGAUAUGCUGAGCGUCAGUCCUCUGAGGAUGUGCCAGAGUCUACAACAACAAUAACCGGCAAUAACGAGGGAGGAUCCACUCUUCCAACGGGCGCAGAAGCUGCGGCACGAGACGAUGACUUCAGCGAGGAUAACAAUUUCGAAUCGAAUUUGCGACGACGCAAAGGCAAAAUAAUAUCCUGUGCCAAGGAGACCAUUGAGAACGCUUCCCGCCACCUACGCCGCAAAGUGCCCUACGCUGGUCAUUUGAUGACGCCGCGUCGCCUUUGGCUCAACAAAAUACCGACACAAUGCGAUGUGGUCAUUGAGUUCCCCGAGGAUGCGCCAGAUGAGGCGCUUCGCUGGCUUCUGGCCCGCAUACGAUGUCAGCCACCAGCCGGUCUGGGUCUCCUAGUUCAAGUUAAGGCGCACGAGAGUUCCAGACGCAAUGCCUUCUAUGUCAGUGCGCCAGUUAAUGUCCUCUUCAAAGCCGCUGAGGAAGCCCGCCUGCCGAAACGCUUGCGUCCAGAUCUGGGCGGGGCACUGCGUGAGUUUACCACCCGUGAGAGCCACUGCUUCCAGCAGCUGCGUGGCGAUGUGGGCAGCACGGCAUUGUUCACCUCACAGGAGCGCCAGUGGCUGGUGUUGCAGGUGUUGCAGGGACUACGCGCCGGCUGCAGCGAUAUUGAUGCACUGCAGGGACGCGCCGCUGUCGCCGAGGGUCAGAGCAUUGUGGCCGCUUGGCAGGAGUCGGGUCUAAUCACACAGGUUUUUCCGCUGCACGAGACACGCUCACUGACACAGCUGCAAACGCAUUGGGUCAAGCGGAUCUUUGCCCCACAGCCGCUCGAUGAUAUUGCCGCAUACUUUGGCGUUAAGGUCGCGCUCUACUUUGCCUGGCUGGGCCACUACACUUGUGCUCUGGGCGUGCCGGCUGUCUUUGGCACCAUACUCUACUGCAUACUGUGGGGCAAGGGCCAAACCGCUCAGGAUAUGGGCCAUGUGCUGUUCUCGCUGUUUAAUGUAGCCUGGGCGUCGCUGUAUUUGGAGGCAUGGAAGCGGUACUCCGUGGAGUUGGCCUUUCGUUGGGGCACAUUAUCCACGCCCCCAGAGCUACUCGAACCGCCCAGGCCGCUCUAUAAAGGUCCGCUGGAGGAGAACAAUGUGACGGGUCGAUUAGAGCCCAAAGAGGCACCCGCCUGGCAGCGUCGUGCCUUUCGUUAUUUGGUCAGUUUUCCAGUGAUUGGACUCUGCCUCUGCGUGGUGUUUGCUGUGAUGUUUCUCAUGCUGCGAUUCCAGGAUUGGUGGGACUCCAAGUUGCCGGAGGAGAGUGUUCUGUGCUGUCUGAGUGUGAUACCCAAAGUGCUUUUGGCUGGUGCUAUUACCUUGAUGGAUGAGGCAUAUUUCAAAUUGGCAGUUUGGCUUAACGAUCGAGAAAAUUAUCGACUGCAAUCGAAGUAUGAGAACCAUUUGAUUGCUAAAGUGGCCCUCUUUCAAUUUGUCAACUCGUUUCUAUCGCUCUUCUACAUUGCCUUUUAUUUGCGCGAUGAGGAUAAGCUUAAAGAGCAACUUGCUGGCCUGCUAAUCUCUCGCCAAAUCAUUGGCAACUUACGCGAAUCGGCCAUUCCCUAUUUCUUGGAGCAAUGGAAGCUGGCCAAACUGAGCUUCAAUAUGUGGGGCGCCCUCAGUCCCACACAGACUGUGAACCGCAGUCUGGCAGAUGAACUGGCCACCGCCGAGCAGAAACUUAAGGAUGAUGCAGCUGCUGCCACGUCCACAACGCAGGGCCAACAGGAGGAGCAACAGCAGCAGCAUCAGCAGCAGCAGCAUGCGACAAGCAAACGCAACAUUGGCCAGGCUGAGAUUGAGAGCUCAUUUUAUAAGUACGAUGGCACCUUCUCGGAUCAUUUAGAGAUGCUGGUGCAGAUGGGUUACGUGGUCCUCUUCUCGGCUGCAUUUCCCCUGGCUGGCAUUUGUGCGCUCAUAAACAACCUAAUGGAGAUACGGUCGGACGCAUUCAAGCUGGCCCAUGUGCACCAGCGUCCAUUUGGGCAGCGUGUGGCCAACAUUGGCACCUGGCAGAAUGCGUUGAGUAUCCUGUCGCUGGCCGCGGUAAUUGUGAACUGUGCGCUGAUUGGUUUGUCCGGUCAGGUGUCUCGCCUGUGGCCCGGUCUGUCAACUGCACAGACUAUUAUAUUGAUAGUUACACUGGAGCACAUCAUGCUGGGACUGCGGCAGGCGUUGACAUGGCUGCUGCCGGAGCUGCCCUCCUGGCUGGCAGCGGAGAUAGCUCGGGCCGAGCACUGUCGUCGUGAGAUGCAAUGCAAGGGCACCUCGCCACGUCCUACCCCGCCGACACCGCCAUCAACCACAUCCACUCAGCCGGAGCAAGAGGGCACGGGGGGCUCGAACACCACACACGAUCAGUCCAUGGAGAGUCAGCUGGCCGAGAAUAUGCUGCUUUAUGGCCACGAGUUGGCUGCCAGCUAUGGGCGGAGUAGCAUCGAGGCGGAUGUUAAUAUUUAUGAGAGUCGCGACUCCUCGCCGGAUUCGCCACCAUCGCAGACGAGCACAAUACUCAUACGUCCGCUGCAUGAAUCGACGCCGCCGCACGGUGGCGCCUCGCUGACCAGCUUGCAUCUGGAUGGGAAUGGUGCUUGUAAAAGUUGUAGACAAAAAUCGCUAUUCUUCAUACCGGAAAUACCGCCAUUUCUUGGAUGUUCGGUGCGCAAUUUGAGCGCUCUGUCAUCUCACAGCCAAAGAAUGCAACAACAACAGCUGCUAAGCGGCGCUUCAGCUAGCACACUAGCUCUAAACUCUGCCGCUGCCAGCUACGCUCAGAUGCGAAUGCAAUCGAUGCUUAUACAAGAUAUACCGCCGUUCCGUAAGAAAUCUAGUGAUUCGGCCGAUCACACUGGCAGCAGCACAGGCAGCAGUCCACAGCGUGCCUCGAUGCGUCAGUUGCAACUUCAACAACUACAACAACAGUCAGCCCACCAGCAACAGCAGCAGCAGCAGCAACAACAACAGCACCAACAAACAUCUAAAAUCCCUGAGAUUCCGCCGUACAACAAGACGCGUAAAAUAUCCGCGGAGAGUGCAACACAAUUGCAGAUGAGCGAUAAACUACAGAUUAAACUCCACGGACCUGAAUGGAUGUCCCGCUUAAAGGUCAACGAUAAUACGAGCCUGCAUAGAAGCAUAGAUUGUAUUGCCAAGGAACUCGGCAGCAGUGCAGCAGAUAACACCGAUAUUUUAAAGCCAGCGCCCUCGUGGAGCAAUGUGGCGCUUAAGACGGGCGCAACAAGCAGCUUGAUGUUGGCGACACCGCCAGCCUCCCAGCAGCAGCAGCAACAACAACAACAUCAUAUUGUUGCCUCAUCAUCAUCCUCAUCGGGCGGCGGGGGCAGCGUUUUUAGUCCUAGCGGCGCCGGCCCCACAGCCAGCGGCAGCGGCAUCAGCAAUUCACAGUCUCGACCCAGCGUGGGCGCUCUAUCGAAUUCCUCAUCAGGCUCAUCACACAAGCAGCAGCAGAAGCUGGCGAAGGAGGAACGAGAACGGGAACGAGAACGGGAACGGGAACGAGAGCAGGAACAGGCACAAGCAGCUGCUGCUGCAGUCACUGCAUCCACUUCGGCUGCAUCCGGCAGUGCAGACGACGAGACAAAGGCUGCUGAAUUGGCGGCCAAGAAAUCGCGGCUUAAACAGAAGCUGGUCAAAAGUGCACGCUCUGUGGCCAUAUUCUCACUCAAGCUGAAGGAGCGAAGACAGCGCGAGGCUGAAAAGGCGGCGACAAUUGCCGUCGAGCACGCCAAGGCUCUGGCUAAGCUGCCCAUGCCCCAGCCCGUGGGCGGUGAAUUAUCCUUAAUACCCAUCGAACACCUAAUUCAAAUUGAGGAUAUAAUGCCAGCGAUCAAGGCUGCAACAACAGCAACAACAUCGACCUCAUCGGCACAAGCUACUUCUUCUCUGUAUCAUCAUCAACAGCAGCAACAGCAGCAGCAACAGCAACAACAACAGCAACAGCAGCAUUAUCACACGGAUAACUAAACUUAACUCAAAGCAACAAAAAAAAAAAAACUAAAACAUAAACGUAUCUAACCCCAGCGCACAUUGUAAAUAGUUUUUUCUAUGCACAACCUCAUCUGGUCCAGUUUUAAAUGAUCUUUAUAUAAAGAAAACUAAACAGAACCAUAACCUUAAUUGAUGAUAUGAGCAAUUUGCUGAAUGUGUGUCUUGUCCAGAGUUGGAAGCAACUAAAUAACCUAUACAUAUUUAGUAAUACUCACUCACAAUAACAACUAAUUACCGAAAAUGAAAAAAACCAAAAACAAAAAUACUUCAUUAAAUGGCUAAAAUCACAAUCCCAAUCACAAAUCGGCAAGUGACUUGAGUCGCUUCAAAUGUUGUCUUCAUCAAACUCGCAAAUCGCAUAAAUGUUAGUCAAAUGAAAUAUAAAACGAAUUUUGUUUAGCGUUUUAGUCGUUAAAUGUUUUUUGAGUAGUUAAUGUUAUUAGCGUAGAGCUAAAAAAUUAUCAACAAAAUCAAAAGAAAAAAAGCAAUUUGUUAAAAGUUGAUGUUACGUUUUGCAUUUAUGUUGCCAGUAAGUGAUUACGUAUUACUGAUAUUUAAAAUAAUGACAUACGUACUUAACAGUAAGCUGCAAUGAGUAUUUUCUUAGUUUAAUAUGAUUCCUAAUGCUAAUCAUUAUUAAAAGCACGCUUUUCACAAUUCAGUUUCGGCACCCAUUGCAGUAGUCUUUCGUAUUUUAAGAAAUUCAGAGACAGACACACACACACACACACACACACACACACACACACACACUCACUUAUACAACGACAAACUGUGUUCGCAUAUGUCGUCCAUUGUUCCUUCCAUCUAUAUAAAUAUUUACAAAAGACAGACAAAGUGAGAGGAGAGAAUUAGUCCGAAAUGUUACAAGGAUAAAUCGACGCACUCGCUUCAAAAUGGAAAUAAAACUAUAUUUACAAGAAUUCGAAUACAGUAAAAAAU